UCUUUGUCUCUCAAUCGCCAUUACCGACAUCUCUCUCACUCUCUCUCAGGAAAACCACAAAUCGCUGAGAUUUGUGGUAAAGCGAGGAACAUACAGCAUUUGUUGACUUUGACUACGCCUAGAUCUGCUGUAAAUCCCCAAAAUUCAGGUAAGGAUGAAGGCAUUGAUUCUUGUUGGAGGUUUCGGCACUAGAUUGAGGCCAUUGACACUGAGUGUGCCUAAGCCGCUCGUUGAUUUUGCUAACAAGCCCAUGAUUUUGCACCAGAUAGAAGCCCUCAAGGCUAUUGGAGUAACUGAAGUAGUCCUAGCCAUCAAUUAUCAGCCAGAGGUAAUGCUGAACUUUUUGAAAGAUUUUGAGGCAAAGCUUGAGAUUAAGAUCACAUGUUCGCAAGAGACCGAACCUCUUGGAACAGCCGGUCCCCUUGCAUUGGCUAGGGACAAGCUGAUAGAUGAAUCCGGAGAUCCAUUUUUCGUUCUGAAUAGUGAUGUUAUCAGCGAGUAUCCACUGAAAGAGAUGAUUGAGUUCCAUAAAUCCCAUGGAGGUGAAGCUUCUAUUAUGGUAACCAAGGUGGAUGAGCCUUCAAAAUAUGGUGUUGUUGUUACAGAGGAAUCUACUGGAAAGGUUGAGCGGUUUGUCGAGAAGCCAAAGUUAUUCGUAGGCAACAAGAUCAAUGCUGGCAUUUACCUGCUGAACCCUUCAGUGCUUGAUCGUAUCCAAUUACGCCCCACAUCAAUUGAGAAGGAGAUUUUCCCAAAAAUUGCUGCUGAGGGAAAGCUGUACGCAAUGGUCCUGCCGGGUUUCUGGAUGGACAUCGGGCAGCCAAAGGAUUACAUCACAGGUCUAAGACUAUACCUGGACUCCUUGAGGAAGAAAGCUUCUCCUAAAUUGGCCACUGGUACUCACAUAAUCGGAAACGUCUUGGUGGAUGAAAGCGCAAAAAUCGGAGAGGGAUGCUUGAUUGGCCCUGACGUUGCAAUUGGCCCUGGUUGUGUCGUUGAGUCGGGUGUGAGGCUGUCUUGCUGCACGGUCAUGCGUGGAGUCCGCAUCAAGAAACAUGCCUGCAUAUCAUCAAGUAUCAUUGGCUGGCACUCGACCGUUGGUCAGUGGGCUCGGGUGGAGAACAUGACCAUCCUCGGAGAAGACGUUCAUGUCUGCGACGAAAUUUACAGCAAUGGAGGAGUUGUUUUGCCUCACAAGGAGAUCAAGUCCAGCAUUUUGAAACCAGAGAUAGUAAUGUAAAGGUCUGAUGUUGACAUCUGUGCUUAGUAAUUUAAACUGUACUUUUUCUGUCAGUGUGUUGUUGUUCUUGCUCUCUUCAGUUGCUGCCUAAAGAUGGUCUCUGAUGUGAAAUGUGUAAUCUUUUUGGUCCAUAAAAAUAAUCUGUACUAUUUUUGUAGAUUAUUAUCUCUUGAAGUUAAAGCAGCUUCUGAAUUCUUGGA